AUGGCGAGGAGCCUCAGCCCGGCGACCGUGUUGGGGUUCUAUGACCGCCAUAAUGAGCCCGAUGCUCUGCUUCUCGAUCGAAAAGGGCGCCAGCACCUUCUGGACCUAUAUGUCAGCCAAACCCAUCGUCUUGAGCACCAGGAGUCUCUAUGCGUCAAGGGGGAGGAGGAAGAGUCCCCAUACAUCAAGGAGGAAGAGUCCGUUCACAUUAAAGGUUUCAGAAAAUAUCUUUUUGCUGAGCCAGAAUCUCCUGGCAUUAAAGAGGAUGUUGAGCUCCCCCAAAUCAAAGAGGAGGAGGAGGAGCCAGAGCCCUGUCAUCAGAAGGAGAGAGAAGAGCACCUUCCAAUCAAAAAGGAGGAGGAGGAGCUGCCAUAUGGUAAAGAGGAGGAACAUAUUACUAGGUUGACUGGUGAGCCCUUGAAAAGUGAAGAUGUUCUGAGUGAGGCCAGCAGAGGGGCGGAGCCUCCAAGCGAGGGGAGUAGGAGCAGCUCAACAGAAGGAUUGCAAGCAGACAUUGACAUUCCUCCAUCAGACAGAGAUGGCGCCAAGUCACACUCACCUUACAAUGAUGAUGGUCAUAUGACAUCUCACGGUGACAACAAAUUCUGCAAAUGCUCUCAGUGUGUUUGUGGUAAAAGAUUCCGUUGCAAUAUCACCUUAAAAAGACACACCAGAACCCACACUGGCGAAAAACUUUUUGCCUGCUCAAUUUGUGAUCAACGAUUUAGGCACAACAGCAAUUUGAUAUCCCACACAAGAACCCACACUGGUGAAAAACCUUUUUCCUGCUCAGACUGCGGGAAAGGUUUUGUUCAGGCGGGAGACUUAACAAAACACACAAGAACCCACACUGGCAAAAAAACCUUUUCCUGCUCAGUUUGUGGUCAAAGAUUCACUCAAAAAGAUAGCUUGAAAAUACACAGAAGAAUCCAUAUGGGAGAAAAACCUUUUCCCUGCUCAGUUUGUGGUAAGAGUUUUGUUUAUUCGGGAGACUUAACAAAACACACAAGAAUCCACACUGGCGAAAAACCUUUUUCAUGCUCGAUUUGUGAUCAAAGAUUCAGUCAGAAGCCACACUUAAAACGACACACAAAAACACACACUGGCGAAAAACUUUUUGUCUGCUCAGUUUGUGGUCAAAGAUUCCCUCAUAAAGAUAGCUUGAAAAGACACACAAGAAUCCAUACUGGAGAAAAACCUUUUACCUGCUCAGUUUGUGGAAAGAGUUUUGUUUAUUCGGGAGGCUUGACAAAACACACAAGAAUCCACACUGGCGAAAAACCUUUUUCCUGCUCGAUUUGUGAUCAAAGAUUCACUCAGAAGCCACACUUAAAACAACACACAAAAACCCACACUGGUGAAAAACCUUUUUCCUGCUCAGUUUGUGAUCAAAGAUUUGCUCGGAAGCAACACUUAAAGCGACACACAAGAACCCACACUGGCGAAAAACCUUUUUCCUGCUCAGUUUGUGGAAAAUGUUUUGUUCAGUCGGGAUACUUAACAACACACACAAAAACCCACACAGGUGAAAAACCUUUUUUCUGCUCAGUUUGUGGACAAGGAUUCACUCAAAAACAAACCUUAAAAAGACACAAAAGAACCCACACUGGCGAAAAACCUUUUUCCUGCUCAAUGUGUGGACAAGGAUUCGCUCAAAAACAAACUUUAAAAAGACACAAAAGAACCCACACUGGUCAAAAUCUUUUUCCUGCUCUGUUUUUGGUCAACGAUUCACUCGGAAAGAUCGAAUAA